CAGAAAUCUUAACGUCGUCGUCCCAAGCUUCAUAUCCCUAAUCAGCAGGUCAGUACUGAAAUACCGGCGCUGGUCCUCCCCUGCACGACGCCGUCAGCUUUCGUCUCUUGCUCGUCCUCGAAGGCCGCCCCUGAACUUCACCUGUUCAAUACGUCUUCUCGACUUUCAUUCUCCUCUCCUUCUCGGGCAACUUCAUCUUCGGAUGGGAAUAUCUGAUGCGGUGAUAGACCAAGGAAAUGGGGAACACCCUAGCACCAAACCCAAGGAAAAGCGGAAGGGCAAGCAUGACAAGCCCAAGCCAUGGGAUGAAGACCCAAACAUCGACCACUGGAAGAUUGAGAAGUUUGACCCUUCUUGGAACGAAGGUGGAAUGCUUGAAGUUAGUUCGUUUUCCACGCUUUUUCCACAAUAUAGAGAAAAAUACUUGCAAGAAGUUUGGCCCAUGGUAAAAUCUGCGUUGAAAGAGUAUGGUAUUUCAUGCGAACUAAAUCUGGUGGAGGGAUCAAUGACAGUUUCAACUACCCGAAAGACCAGGGAUCCCUAUAUCAUUAUGAAAGCCAGGGAUCUUUUAAAACUUCUGUCACGCAGCGUGCCUGCUCCUCAGGCAAUAAAAAUACUAGAUGAUGAAAUGCAAUCUGACAUCAUCAAAAUUAGUGGCUUGGUUCGCAAUAAGGAGCGAUUUGUGAAGAGAAGACAGCAUCUUAUGGGUCCUAAUUCUGCUACUUUGAAGGCCCUUGAAAUACUCACUGGCUGCUACAUUCUCAUUCAGGGGGGCACAGUUGCUGCUAUGGGAUCCUUUAAGGGCUUGAAACAAGUUAGAAGAAUUGUUGAAGAGUGCAUGUUGAAUAAAAUGCACCCUGUGUACAACAUUAAGAUUCUGAUGAUGAAGAAGGAGCUUGAAAAGAAUCCAGAAUUGGCGAAUGAGAAUUGGGAUAGGUUUCUUCCAAAAUUCAAAAAGAAAAAUGUUAAGCAAAAGAAGGUCAAGGCUAAGAAGAAGAAGCCAUAUACUCCUUUCCCUCCACCUCAACCGCCUACUAAGGAGGAUAUAGAAUUAGAAACUGGAGAAUACUUUCUAAGUGAGAAAAAGAAGUCAGCAAAGAAAUGGCAAGAGAAGCAGGAGAAGCAAGCACAAAAAGUUGCUGAAAACAAACGAAAAAGAGAGGAGGCUUUCAUUCCACCCGAGGAACCCACAAACCAGGAGGAUAAAUCUGAGGAUGCCAAAAAGGAUGUCUCUGCCACGGUGAUGUCAUUGAAGGAAAAAACUAAAGAGCUUGGGAAGCGCAAAUCUGAAGAAGAGAAUAUAAAUGUAGAAGCAUAUAUUGCAGGAUCUGCUAAAGAACAAGUAUCAAAGAAGAAAUCCAAGAAGCAGUGGUCUUAGCAUGAUCCACGUGUGUUGCAUCACAACGUUGUUCUGGUUGGUCCAGGAUAAUAGUUGACUUGAUUUUUUUUUUGGCCUGAGUUGACUUGUGAAAAUUUUUUUUGGGGGGGGUAUGUGUAUCAUGAAUUAAUUUAUGGUGGGUCCAACACAGUAAUUGCGAUUAAAAUUACGCAAGAAUUUUGCUCUGGGAUCUCCGGGCGUGUCAUGUCUACAAUACAAUAUAAAUUUGAGAA